AUGGAAGUUUCCGGUCGUAAAGCCGACCCGGAUGUAGCUGCUGGUUCGGCGGAGGUUUCGCCCCUCUGCGAGCCAUGCUGGGCCGACGGGAAGGAAUUGGAGGCCCAUGGAUUCUGUAUCAACUGUAAGGAGUACAUGUGUCCGUCUUGCAUCAAAGUCCAUGGAAAACUAUCGGCCACAAAACAUCACAAUGUUCUAGGAAAGCAGAAAAUGCCCAACCACUAUCCCUCCAGUAGAAAGACUGCAGACAUGACAGGUUUAGAGCUUUGUAAUGACCAUCCAUCAGAAGCAAGCAAGUUUUUCUGCCCAGUACACGCGCAAUUAUGUUGCGGAGACUGCAUUAUCCUAAAUCACAGGGACUGCAAGGUUGAUUACAUACCGGAAGUCGCGCCUUCUUUUAUAGCGAGUAGCGAGUACAAGGAUAUCGUUGAAAAGAUGGCAAAACUUGAGGCGGGUUUUAAACAUUCUGAGAGAAAACUUAAAUCCGAUGAACAGUUGGUUUUUCACAAGAGUAAAGUUCAGUUAAAGAAGCUACAAGAGUUUAGAAUCGAAAUCAAUGAAUACCUUGACAAACGAGAACAGGCGAUUGCCAAAUCAAUAGAAUAUGCAAGAAAGAUGGACAAAGACCUAAUACGGAGGUUGCGGGAAGAUAUAAAAGCUGCGAAAUCAACUCUCGCUGAAGCGAAAGCUAAGCUUAAAGCUGAAGACAUGAACGCUAAUCACAUCUAUGUAACAGCCAGACAUGCACAGAAGCUAUUUGGCGAUAUGCAAACUUUGUUUAAGAAAGUCGAGACUGAAAACACGGUGACUCUUUGUAGGUUUAGUCGAGAUAAGAAGACCGAAGACCUGCUGUCCUGGGAAGACGCGAUAGGGACGAUAGUUGAUGAAGACAUAGACUUUUUUUCGGCCAAGUGGAGCCGCUCGACUGACAUCAGUAUUAAAACUCCGGAAGACACAAGUGAUUGCCGGAUAACAGGCUCAGCUUUCCUCCGACCCGGUAUCCUCCUCCUAGCUGACUAUGACAACCAAUGUGUGAAGACCGUUGACCUGACCACCGGUAAUAGGAUGGAGCGCCUUUCGCUGGAUGGUCAUCCGUGGGAUGUUUGCGUUCUCCCGGGGAACAAGGCUGCCGUCACUCUAACUGGUAAAAUCUAUUCAAUGGUCCAAUUUAUUACCACAUGGAAUGGACUGGAAACUGAUAAAUGCAUUAAAAUGUCGGGAUGGUGUAGGGGAAUAGCACACAGUGAUGGUAGGCUUUAUUUGACAUUUACGGACAAGUCGCCUCGAAUUGAAGUAAGAACCGUGAAUGAAGAACACUUACUAACCAUUAACAAUACCGUUCAACAAGCAGUGUUUGACUUUCCACAUUAUUCGACAAUAAGCCAGGACGAUGUCAACACCAUCUAUGUAUCAAACAGGUGCAACCACACGGUGGUCAAGCUGAGCCUGAAAGGAGAACUGCUUCAUACGUUCUCACACAAAGAGAUGUCUGGUCCUCACGGUCUCGUGGACGUGGGCGGUGAUCAGAUAAUCGUAUGUUGCUUUAGCAGCAGCACAGUGAUGGUGAUUUCUGGGCGGGACGGAAAAAUGAAGACCAUGCUGGAAAACGACGAUGGGAUAAUGUUUCCUUACACUGCGGCUUACUGUCAGACACAGAAUAAACUCGUCGUUGGAGGGAUUGACAAUCAUGUGAAUGUUUACAAGGUUAUCUAA